UAAGCUUACUUCACUGCUCACGUGCUGAUCAAAUAUCCUUUCUACAUAAAUAAGAAGUUUAGAUUUUUUUCUAUUUUUUUAAUCAAGUAGUCAUAGAUAAACGCUAAAUUUUGACGAUCACUUUCGAAUUCUUUACUUGUGAAAACUGAAAGAUUCAAAACUUGAGAACAAAAUGGCUUCUGGAUCAAUUUUACAGGCGACGCCUGAUAAAAAGGCAAAAAAGAAAAAGAUCGUCAUUAUGGAGCCUAGCGAACAUGUAGUAUCAGAGAAAACUAAAGUAUAUCGCAAGUCAGUUUUUCCCGGAAUUCGCGAAAGUUUGGACAUGUCACUAAAUUCUCGUAGACAAUCCUCAACAGGUAAUUUACUAAGUAGCUUAAUGAGCUCAGGUUUCCCAUCGCUGCAAUCCAGACGAUGGACUAGCCGUCGCAGCACAAUGUAUAAGGCACCCCGGUUCCAGAACAACUAUCGUAUGGAAUCGCGCAAUCCAUUCGUCCGCGAGCGAGUUCAGUUGAUCGUCGAUCGAUAUCUCACUGCAUUCGUAGAGCAACACAAGUACAACCCGAGACGUGCCAAACGGUUAGCUGAAAAUUUGAGUGUUGAUCUUCGCGAUGUAGUGAAACGGUGCGGCUUCGAACGGUAUCGGAUAUUGGCGGUGGUGACUGUUGGCGAUAAAAACUCCCAGGAUUUCAAAUCAGUUAUGCGUUUCGUAUGGGAUGCCGACAAAGAUGGAUACGUGAAUGUUGCUUACGAAACCUCAACAUAUUUUAUAAUUGCCACAGUAUUUGCCGUAUAUUAUGAAUAGAAGUGUUUUAAACAAACUACAGAACAAAAAAUGUUAUGCAAAGCGUGCGGCGUUGCCACUGUCUCCCACUUAUAUGCUAAAAGAUGUAGGUAAUGAUAUUCUACGUGCAUACCAAAAUAUCCUCUUCUCAACUUUGGAAUAACCAUUUGAUUGUAUUGUAGCCGCAUGGAAUUUCGGAAUGGAUAAAAAAAUCACACUAUAUACCAUUCACAUAGUUAAUAUAUUUCACUAAGUCUUCAAGGUAAAUCUGAAUAAGUCUAUUAGUUAAAUUUUCCUUUAAUAUCUGAAUUUUGCACUGCAAAUCUAUUAGGUAUCAGAAUAGAUCUAUUGACUGGCCUACCAGGUUUCACUAGGUACAUGUGAGGAUUGCUUACGUCUAUCGAUGAGUUACACAAACUCCAUUUUUCUCGCACAGAAAACCAAAAAAAAUAACAA